CCCCCCGCCCCCCCCCGCGGAGCUGCGAUGCCCUCGGACUUCAUCUCUCUCCUCAGCGCCGACCUCGACCUCGAGUCGCCCAAGUCCCUCUACUCCAAGGAAUCUGUCUAUGACCUUCUCCCAAAGGAGUUGCAGUUACCACCCUCCAGAGAACUUUCGGUAGCAUCCAUGAGUCAGACAAGUGGUGGAGAGGCAGGUUCGCCCCCUCCGGGUGUAGUUGCUGCUGAUGCUUCUUCAGCUCCCUCCUCUUCCUCCAUGGGCGGUGCUUGCAGCUCCUUUGCCACCUCUUCCAGCCCCACCAUUUACUCUACCUCAGUCACUGACAGCAAAGCUAUGCAAGUGGAGAGCUGCUCCUCAGCCAUGGGGGUAAGUAACCGAGGGGUAAGUGACAAGCAGUUAACCAAUAACACAACCCAGCAGCAGCAACAGUCCACACCGAAGAGAGACACGGUCUUGUACAUCUCGCCACCACCAGAAGACUUGCUGGACAACAGCCGGAUGUCCUGCCAGGAUGAGGGGUGCGGAUUGGAGUCUGAGCAGAGCUGCAAUAUGUGGAUGGAGGAUUCCCCCUCCAACUUCAGUAACAUGAGCACCAGUUCCUACAAUGAUAACACUGAGGUGCCCCGUAAAUCACGAAAAAGAAAUCCAAAGCAGAGGCCGGGGGUCAAACGCCGAGACUGUGAAGAAUCGACCAUGGAUAUCUUUGAUGCUGACAGUGCCAAAGCGCCUCACUAUGUCCUUUCUCAGCUCAGCACGGACAGCAAAAGCAACCUGAAAGCAGGAAAUGGAACGCCAGAAACGGCAAAAGCAACUGGAGGGAAGAAGAGCCCUAUGUUGUGUGGUCAGUACCCUUCUAAAAGUGAGGGCAAGGAGCUGAAGAUACUGGUACAGCCAGAGACCCAGCACCGAGCUCGCUACCUGACUGAGGGCAGCCGAGGCUCCGUGAAAGACCGAACCCAGCAAGGGUUCCCCACGGUCAAGCUGGAAGGGCACAACGAGGCUGUGACCCUGCAGGUGUUUGUAGGGAAUGACUCGGGCCGGGUGAAGCCCCACGGAUUCUAUCAGGCCUGCAGGGUAACAGGUCGAAACACCACACCUUGCAAAGAAGUGGAUAUUGAGGGCACCACUGUCAUUGAGGUGGGCCUGGAUCCAAACAACAGCAUGACCCUGGCGGUCGACUGCGUCGGAAUCCUGAAGUUGAGGAAUGCCGACGUGGAAGCGCGGAUAGGCAUUGCGGGCUCCAAGAAAAAAAGCACUCGGGCAAGACUGGUGUUCCGCGUCAACAUCCCUCGGAAGGAUGGCUCCAUUCUGACCCUGCAGAUGCCGUCUUCCCCAAUUCUGUGCACUCAACCAGCAGGUGUGCCAGAGAUCCUAAAGAAAAGCCUGCACAGCUGUUCUGUGAAGGGGGAAGAGGAAGUCUUCCUGAUUGGCAAGAACUUUCUGAAGGGAACUAAAGUGAUCUUCCAGGAGAAUGUGUCCGAUGAAAACUCUUGGAAAGCAGAAGCAGAAAUUGACAUGGAGUUAUUUCAUCAGAAUCAUGUAAUAGUGAAGGUGCCGCCAUAUCAUGACCAACAAAUAACCGCACCUGUUUCCGUGGGGAUCUAUGUGGUGACCAAUGCGGGGAGAUCACAUGACGUACAGCCAUUUACGUACACUCCAGACACAGCAGCUGGUGCUCUGAAUGUGAACGUGAAGCAGGAGACGGCCAGCCCAGCCCAGCCCUGCUCUUUUGAUGAAGCUCUCAAAGUGAAUACCAGCGUCUGCAACCUGGAGAAGGUCAACGUUCUUCCCAGUGCCUUGAUAACCCCACUCAGGCCAAGCAACGUGGUCAAGAGCGAAGAGGCUGCUCCCAUGGAACUUGCAGCCGAGAAACCGCCUCCUCCAGCCUUUAAGGCAGGCAGCGUGGUGGGGCCUUCCUCAGCAGCACUGGAGAGCAGCCUGCCCACCAUUCUAGGAAAUGGUGCUUUCUCCUCUUCUGCUUCUCAUUUAGCUUCGGAGAAUGAGCAGCAGCAGCAGCUGCAGCCCAAAGUGUAUACUCCAGAGGUGAUGCCCAGCCUCCAAGCACAGGACAUUGCCCAACCUGGCAGCUUCCCAGCAGCUUCUGCUCCUGGCCAGCUGCAGAACAGUGACGCCUUGUUGCAGCAGGCAGCUCAGUUCUCUUCGAGAGAGGCCCAGCCGGACCCCACGGUCAUGACGCUGUCUCAGUUGACGGAGGCUUCACAGCAACAAUCUCCCCUGCAGGAGUCGGCACAGGCGCUGCAGCAGCAGAUCUCGUCAAAUAUAUUCUCGCCGAAUGGGGUGAGUCAGCUGCAAAGCACCAUCCAGCAGCUGCAGGCAGGGAACUUCCAGCCCAGUACUGCUGGCAGUGGUGGCGGCGGCAGCGGCAGCAGCGGAAACGUAGACUUGGUCCAACAAGUGCUGGAAGCUCAACAGCAGCUGUCCUCCGUUUUAUUUUCUGGUUCAGACAGUGAGGAUGUCCAAGAUCAGCUCAAUGUAGAGAUUUUCCAACAGGUCAGCCAAAUCCAAAACAGUGUCAACUCGGGGAUGUUUCCCUCCUCGGAGGCAGCCUGUUCGAGAGCAGAGGACCUUCUUUCUGGAAGAACCGAGAAUGUCCACCAGCAGCCCGAGGGCUCUUUGUCCAGCCAGCAGCAAGCGAUGGAGACCUCUGCAGCGAUGGUGCUGGACAUGCAGCAAGGCAUCUGCCAGGCCGCUAGCCAGAUGCAGUCGGACUUGUUCUCCUCCUCCCCCUCCUCUUCAGGAAACGGGAACAUUCAGCAGCCUCCUGUGUACCAGCAGGCUUCCCACAUGAUGGGUGGGCUGUCGGCCUCUGAAGACAUGCAGAUGCAGUGCGAGUUGUUCUCUCCAGCCAAUGUCUCCGGCAACGAAGCUGCUCCCCCACCACAGCAGCAGGUCUCUGCCAGUGGCUCCACUUUGUUUCAGUCUUCGGGCUCCGCUGAGAACGAAGAGGCCUCUGGCCAGGCCAAGCAGAUGCAGAACACCGUCUUUCAGGCCAUGGUCCAAAUGCAGCACAGCGGAGAGAGCCAGUCUCAAGUCAACUUGUUCUCUUCCUCCGAGAACAUGAUGGCUGUCCAGGGCAAUGGGACGCAGCAGCAAGGGGGGGCCCUGUUCCAGCAGACCGGGGAGAUGAUGUCUCUCCAGUCCGGCAGCUUUCUGCAGCAGGCUCCCCACUCCCAGGCACAGCUUUUCCACUCGCAGAGCCCAAUUGGAGACGCCCAGAAUAUCUCGCAGGAAACCCAGAGCGCUCUCUUUCACAGCCAGGGUGCUUCCUCUUCCUCUGAGCAGCUGCAGCCUCCAAUGUUCCACUCCCAGAGCAACAUGGGAGUCCUGCAGAGCAGUGCAGUUGUGCAGGACCAGCAGCCGAGCGGCAUGUUCCUCUCCCAGAGUUCAAUGGGUGGCUCUGUCACACAGGAGGAGCAGAUGCCAUUCUUUGCCACCCAGAGUGCCAUGUCUUCGCUGCAGGCUCCUGCAAAUGCCGAGCAGCAGUCCUCAUUCCAGCAACAGCAGCAGCAGCAGCAGGCUCAGCUCUCCCACCUGCAGGGCCCUCUGCUUUCCCAAGAGCAGCCCCAGAACCCCCAGCAGGGCCUGUUCCAGUCGCAAGUGUCCCUCGGCUCCCUUCCCUCCUCUGGGGUGCCCCCAGGCCAGCAAGGAGCCAUGUUCCAGUCCUCUCACUCACUCGUGGCCCUUCAGAACAGCGCCUCAUCUCAAGAGCAGCAGCAGCAGGCGGCUAUGCGGUACAGCAGUCAGAAUUCCCUGGGCACAAUGACCCCUCAGGAGUCCAGCAUGAUGUUCAACGCCAGUCCCGCCUCCAUGGCUAGCCAGGAGCAGCAGCAGAGCCAGUCCCUCUUUCACCCACCAACUAGCAUGAAUCAGGAGCAGCAGCCCAUGCAGUUCCAGAGCCAGAGUCCCGGCCCUGGCCAAGCCGAACCGCAGCAGCCCUCCUUGUUCCACAACCCUCCCCAGAUGCAGCUGGUCCAAGGCUCACCCGGCUCUCAGGAGCAGCCAGUCACCCUUUUCAUCUCUUCCGCCUCCAUGUCUGCCUUGCAGAGCAGCAUGGGCCAGCAGGAGCUCCAGCAGCCAUCCCUCUACUCCCCCCAGAGCAGCAUGGCCGGCAUCCAGAGCACCUCGUCACCCCCCCAGCAGCAGCAGUCUCUGUUCCAUAAUGCACACGGCAGUGCUCUCAGCCAGCUGCAGAGCUCCUCAGCUUCAUCCCAGCAGACCUCUGGGAUAUUCCUCUUUGGCAUCCAAGACAACUGUGGCCAGCUCUUAACAUCAGGACCGGCUACCAUAUCGGAUCAGAUGCUCACUAUCAGUCAGCCGCAGGGCGAGGCCCAGCAGUCAACGCUCCUCUCUCAGCAAAUGUCGGAAAGCACCCAGCUGCCUUCCGCUAUGACCACCAAUCAGAACAUGAAGAAGAUCGAUGACCUGCUCGUGUCUCUUCAGAACCAGGGGAACAAUAACAUGGCUGGCUCUUUCUGAUUG